ACAUUGUAGAUGUGGUUUCGGAAGUCAUUCUCAAAACUAAAGGAAUAUUUAGUAAGUCUCCCUAAGGAUUUCUCCUCUACUCGCAGAGCAUCUCCUUUGAUCGGGUUUCUUAGUAAAAGAACAAUGGUUUGGCCAACUGUCAAUGAUAACACAAAUGAGCCCAAUCCCAUUGGGUGCAAAAUCAGAAUGAAGCAGGAACAAUCAAACUCACACCUUGCCCACAUGUGUGCUUUGGACAUCGAUGCCAAAGCAUCAUACACUCGUCUUUCUGGCAUAGUAUGCACAAUUGGGUGGCUCUGCUGAAAUUGAGCUGAAAAAGGGUAACACUAUGCGACUAACCACCGACAAAUCUUUUGAAAACUCUGGCAAUGAGAAGCAGAUCUAUGUUGACUAUGCCAAUAUCACUAAGGUAGUCAAAGAAGGCAACAGAGUUUUUGUUGAUGAUGGUCUCAUUUCCCUCAUUGCCCGCAAAGUUGGUGACAACUAUAUUGACACUGAAAUUGAAAAUGGUGGUCUGCUGGGCUCUCGAAAGGGUUGCAAUCUUCCUGGAGUUCCUGUUGAUCUGCCAGCUGUAUCAGAAAAGGACAAAGCAGAUUUGCAAUUUGGUGUCAAGCAGGGAGUUGACAUGAUCUUUGCUUCGUUUAUUCGUAAUGCUGCUGCGAUUAAAGAAAUUAGAGGAAUCUUGGGUGAGGCUGGCAAGAAGAUUAUGAUCAUUGCCAAAAUUGAGAAUCACCAGGGAAUGGCCAACUUGGAUGAAAUUAUUGAAGCUGCCGAUGGAAUCAUGGUUGCCCGAGGUGAUCUUGGAAUUGAAAUCCCCCCUGAAAAGGUGUUCUUGGCACAAAAGGCCAUGAUCUCCCGCUGCAACAAGGUUGGCAAGCCAGUUAUUUGUGCCACCCAGAUGCUUGAGUCCAUGGUGAAGAAACCCCGCCCAACUAGAGCGGAAAUUUCUGAUGUCGCCAAUGCUAUUUUAGACGGAGCCGAUUGUGUCAUGUUGUCUGGUGAAACAGCCAAGGGCGAUUACCCAAUUGAGUGUGUUCAAACAAUGGCAAACAUUUGUAAAGAGGCCGAGGCAGUUAUUUGGCAGAAGCAGUUGUUCAAUGACCUCACUAGCUUGGCAUCUCCACCAAUCGAUGCCACCCACACUCUGGCAAUUGCUACUGUUGAAGCUUCUCAGAAGUGCCUGGCUUCUGCAAUCAUUGUUAUUACAACAUCUGGGCGGUCAGCUCACCUUAUCUCAAAAUACAAGCCAAAGUGCCCUAUUAUUGCUGUUACACGGUAUGAGCAGGUUGCUCGUCAGUGCCAUGUUUACCGAGGCAUUCUUCCUCUCUGCUACUCUGAACCUGCUCUUCCUGACUGGCUGAAGGAUGUUGAUGCCCGUGUCCAGUUUGGCAUUCAGUUUGGUCAGAAGAAGGCUUUCAUCAAGAAGGGUGACCCUGUAGUCAUUGUCACUGGAUGGAAACAGGGCUCAGGCUUCACCAACACCAUGCGCAUUGUAAAUGCUGAGUAAUACAUCUGCUACAGCCCUAGGAACAUGACUCAGGAUUGUCUCCUGCCAGCUACAAGCAGUCCUCGAAUUAAGGUCACCAGUUUUCCUGCCAUAUAAGUCAAUAGUUGGCUUACAAUUUAACUGGAGCUUGAAUUAUAUUAGAUUGCCAACCCUUAGACUCUACCAAAUUUAAUGGAGAUGUGUAGCUGGAUAUUUAGAAACAUGGAUGGUACUUGGGAAUUUCCAUAUUACCAUCUACUAGUCAAGGAGAGCGACCUGACAUUUCGUUAUUGAAAUAUUUUUGAUGCAAUUAUAUUUGCAAGCUUAUACUCAUACUCGAACCCUGUAGUUGGGCAUUUGUAUUUCCACUCAUCCCCCAAAAUUUUGUGAGAACUUACCAAAUUACUCAGUUGUUGGUAUGUUAAUGGAGGUAAUGGCAUACCUGUUAUGUGCAUAUAUAUAGUAUAUAUAUGUGUGAACAUGCCCAAGAACACAUGUUCAAGCCUCUAGUCAUGUCUGUCAGAACCAGAGAAAAUAAACAUCAAAUAAAGACAACUUUUUA